AUGCUGAGAACACAUGGACUGGGGCCAGCUCUGAAGAGACGAUAUUCCGCGAAAUCUGCUCUCAAGAUUUUCCAGAAUGCAGGGUUGGCGAAGUGCGUCGCAAAGGCUACGAAUUCCGAAUCCAUACCUGCUUCACAUGGCCUGCCCGAGAUCAUUGUGACCGGUCGCGCGAAUGUCGGCAAGUCUACAUUGCUGAAUGCGGUUUUGGGGCGCAGAGACCUGCUGCCCACGAGUAACAAAGCUGGCAAGACUCGCUCGCUGGAUUUCUACCUCGUCGGUGCAGAGCCUGGCAAGUUGAUUGUGGUGGAUGCUCCUGGCUAUGGCUCGCGAGGACGUCCAGAGUGGGGUGACCUGUUCAGAUAUUACGUCUCCAAUCGGCAGGAGCUCCGCAGGGUGUACGUUCUCAUCAGCGCCAUCCUCGGCCUGAACGAGGCCGACCGAGCCAUGCUGGCCAUGCUCGACGAACAGUGCCAGGCAUCUGGGGGCACAAGUUUUACGCUGCAAGCCAUCGUUACGAAGGCGGACGGCAUCCUGGAUAAAAGAGAUGCCAAGGAAAGGGUGACUAGUAUCCGCCGUGGCAUCUUCGAAGCUGCCCCGACCUGUCUGCCUAUGAUAUUGACAAGCGCAGGCCAGCGGCCGUUUUUCGGGGUCGAUGAUGUUCGGGCGAACAUCGCUGAUGCAUGUGCGCUGGUGUAG